UACUACGUUUGAAGUUAUAGAAGUUGUUUGAAGGAAGGCUGCUGUCUGAGUUUAACUUGUUAUGAUGACGCUUUGUGUUUUGAUUCAGCAUUUUGUUCCGCAGUAGCGUUUGUUGGAGUUGAUUUAUCAUUUCCUGAUCAACAUGGACACCAAAAUUGCUGUCGAUUUUGUCUGUCAAAGAUGUCUACAACCUUUAAAACUGGAUUCCUCCUUUGGAAGUGUCGGAGAGCAUACACUGGCUGAGCUGUCAUUGCCCAUACACUCUCAUCCUGAUGUAGACUUAGAAUCAGAAGCAGGCAUUCUUGAUCGGUUUACACCAGCUUUCCGAUUUACUGAGUCAGGAACAGGAGCAAAUGGGUUUACUGUUGUCGGCAAAGGAGGAGAAUUGAAUCAAAUAAGCCACAAAGUGAGGGUGACAUCUGAAUUACUGGAUAUGCUUUCAUCUAAUUCUGAUGUUGACCAUCCUCUAUGUGAAGAGUGCACUGAUCAGCUACUUGAACUGUUGGAUCAGCAAUUGCACCUUACAGAAGAUGAAUGUAAUGACUACAGUCGGUUCUUGGACAGAUUGCAGGCUGAUGAGGAUCCUCCACACAGUCUUGAAUCUCUCGAGAAGGAACUCGCAGAGUUAAAACUGGAGGAAGAAUCUCUUCAAGUUGACCUCUGUCAACUGCAGAAAAAGGAACAAGCAGCCAAAGAAGCUGUUGCCAAACAAGAGAAGGAAAAGGAAAGAAUAGCUGCAGAGGAAGAGAGAUAUUGGAGGGAAUACACAAGACAUCGCAGGGAUCUCCUCUUGGCCGAAGAUCAGUAUCGAAGUCUUGAAUGCCAAUUAAGUUACACUAAUAACCAACUCGAUAAACUUAUCAAGACAAAUGUCUUCAAUGCAACAUUCCAUAUAUGGCAUUCUGGUCACUUUGGAACAAUAAAUUCUUUUCGCCUUGGGAGACUUCCCACAACCCCAGUAGACUGGAGUGAAAUCAAUGCUGCCUGGGGACAGACAGCUCUUCUUCUUUCGGCCCUCGCACGCAAGAUGGACCUAACUUUUGAGAGGUACCGACUGGUGCCAUAUGGUAACCACUCAUAUAUCGAGGAUAUUGCUGAACAAAGGGAGCUGCCCCUCUAUGGAUCUGGUGGUUUCCGCUUCCUAUGGGAUACUAAAUUUGACUCAGCAAUGGUGGCUUUCCUAGACUGUUUGCAGCAGUUCAAAGAAGCUGUUGAGCUGGGUGAUUCCGGUUUUAGUCUACCAUAUCGUAUGGAAAGAGGACGUAUUGAGGACUCAACUACUGGAAAUUCAUUUUCUAUUAGGAUACAGUUGAACUCUGAAGAGCAAUGGACUAAGGCACUUAAAUAUGUUUUGACAAAUCUCAAAUGGGGUCUUGCAUGGGUUUCAUCACAGUUUGCCAAAGAUCGUGACAAUGUUGCUUGUUAAAUAAUAAGUUUAGGGAAUCAUCUAUAUAUAUUUUCUAAUUUUGUUCCUUCCUUGAAACUGUCUAGAUGCAUAUUUAUAUGUUCACAUCCAGUUAAUGUGCAUUUUACAAGUUAUUGUUGUAAAUGCUUUAUUGUUAAUUUGUUAUUGUAUGACACUCCAAAUCAUUAAUGUGAUCCUUCAAAAGUGAUAUUAAGUCUCUGAGUUGUAAAUAUAGUUUCUAUUGUUAAAAUUC